AUGACAUCGUCAAUAAAUCUACCUACAUCUGAUAUAGUGAGAUCUUCACCUUCACAUUCGCCUUUCGAAAAUAAUGCCCCAUUUAUUCACUGGAGAGAGAAAUUUUACUUGAAAAUUGAAUUGAUGCAUUGGAAGAGGGAAAACAAAACCUGGAACUUCAUAAUAGAUGAAUUUGCCAAGAAAGGUAUUAGGAAGAGUAACAUCUCAUGUUGGUACUCAUACUACAGUAGAGCCCUAAAGGAGAUGAGUCAUCUUAAAGAUGCGGGUUCAAGCAGAUAUUCAUUAAACGCUGGUGAGUUUAGCGCACUUGGUAUCAACGUUGUACUCGGUCCAGUCGUCGGGCCACUUGGACGCGUGGCUCAGGGAGGCAGAAAUUGGGAAGGCAAACUCAGUAUUUCAGUCAUCUCAUCACUUAAAAAGCUAGUUUUUCCCCGAGGGUUCUCAAAUGAUCCAUAUCUUUGUGGUUCAUUGGCUUCCGAGAUAGUUUAUGUAAUACAAGCGCAAGGGGUUAUAGCUAGUACCAAGGUAGGCUUUUACAUCAUGCGUCUUUCUAAUACACGACAAAUCUGA